CCUCAUGUUGCGGGCGCGCUGUCUAUUGUUCAAUUGAGAGGAGUACAUUUCCUUCGUGCCCAACUUGAUUUCUUUCAAGACCAGCCUAGGCAAGUACUGUGUACUUUGUCAUUCUUGUACUCUUUCGCUUCGACUUUGUGAAUCUCAUUACUACCGCGUGCUCCUAAGCCGCCCACUUAAGACCUAUCCACUCUUUAAUCUCCUACUGUGCAAUGUCUUCUACCGCGAUCUCGACGAUCACAUAUCCAUGUCCCCCACCCACUACAAAUAUCCUUGACUCCCGACAACGCAUGCGUCUCAUACGCUCUGCGCGCAAAUUGGGGGCAGUCAUGGGUACCACACCCUACCUCCUCGAGGCAGAUGUCCCUAUCACACUUCUCCCCAUCGGGGGCAACAAAAAAUCAGUGACGGGCAAAGCACUGAAGCGCCAGGGCUCCAUAUUCAUGCAUUACCACAGAGACUCCCCCUCUGUAACAUCAUUUAGCUCAGUCUCGACGGCAUCUUUCCACUCCGCAUCCGCCUCGCUGGUUUCGCUUCCUUCGAGCAUGCGGAGCACAGAGUCAUUGUCAGUGACACCGCCUGGCCUGCCCGUGCGGGGCAGAAAGUCUGCAGAUAAACCCAGACCAUUGUACCUUCGCAUGAACGCCGUCCCUGUACCGCCCACCGACCACCGCUGUGCAUCACUACCGCCCUCACCUUCCUCAGCUCGCGCGACCUCCACUUACUUCCCCCCUACGCCUCGUACACCAAGUUUCGACGCGGCAGAGCUGCGGAGAAAGCGGAUGGCAAAACUUGCACGGCAUCUAGGCGAGAAUGUGCCUCCUGAAUUAGUUACAGCACAGGGACCGCUUGCUCAAUUACGUUCUGGAGCGGACGUGCCCAACAGGAAACGACGCAGUAUGUCCGUUGACCUCACGAGCCCACCGAAUAAACCUAUCGCUCCGAGGCCCGAAGUUUCCUCACAGCCUCGGACAAACAGCGAUUGGGUUGGCGAGUGGAAUCGACCUGAUAUCAGAGACGUUCAGAGGGAACUGAGAAAUCUCAAGGCUCUGCGAUGGUAAUGGCUUCGCGGUUGGAUAGCCUCUAUUACCCCAUCACAUACUUUAUGUUACUCCCGUAUUAUGACAUCCCACUGGCUGCAGGCAUCCAGCCGGACGACAUGCAAUUCACGAUAACUAGUCAUAUCUACAUAUGUAUCACGUCAGGCGUUUCUUCACAUCAGUAAUUCAUACAUCCGCAAGUACUACUACUGGCAUCAUUUGUAAAACAUAAUACAUACGUGGGCAUCGGUCGCGAUUAUUCUCAUCAUGCAUUUUCUCAUACGCAGGCCGAAGUCCCGAGUACAUACAACGCGUUAUUUUUAGAGUAGUGACCCGCUUUGGGACUUUCGCUUCCAGUCCAUUAAAAUGAUUAGUAAACCUAAUGGUCCUGUGA